AUGAAGAUGUGGAGAUCUUGGAAGAGAACCAGGCAUCAUCCGGGCAUCCGAUGCCAGCAAUGCUUCGUAGCCCUUGGUCAUUGUUUUGCUCAGGGGCCCCGAAAAAACCGCAACCCACAGAUGGUGUCCUUGACAUGGGCUCGCUUGAUCUGUGCACUGCUUUCUUUGCUUUUGGGUCCCAGCUCUGCGACUCCGAGCGCUUUGGACCAGGUCCUGGGAUCCGGCUACGCCCUCGGGGAGCUGCUCUUAGGGGAGGACUGGCGGAAGGUGAAAGCCUCGCUGGGUCGGAUCAGCGAGGAGGUCGAGGCCAUCUCUCACAUCCUUGGCGACUCUCCGGAAGCUGCGCAUCGCUCCGAUGCCCCGGUGAUCAGCGCUUUGGGAGCCAUCUGCGAUCUCCACUCGGAAUUCGGUUCUGAGACAUCGUCGAGCCCAUCACCGAAGUUGCCCGAGAAGCUCCCGCUGCAGCUUGCCCUGUCUUUUCGCCUGCUCACGCGUUUGGCCACCACUCUCCGACGGUCUCUGGACGUGCAAGUGAUGCAGGACAUGGUCUUGCCGGUAUCGCCGAUGUCGGCUGCGCAAGACUCCGAUGAAGGAGUCAGUACAGAAAGCCCAAUAAAGGAGGAGCCAGCUCAAAGGGCGCCUUUGGAGGCAGAGACUUCCUCAGUUCAACCCGAGAGCUUCAAGGAGCCUUCAGAGUCCUGGCUGGCCAUGGCCGUGCAUGCCUCGGAUGUACUGCAAUCCUGGUUGGGACGACUUUGCCACGCGGGUGAAAAGUUUAUGUGGCUGAGUGUAUUCGGCCUGGAUCUGUUCGUCGUCAUUGCCAUGAUGCUGUUCAUGGAAUCAAUCGGUGGCAAGAGGCCGCGGAGAUCUCGACUGUUGUCCAAGCGUGAAGCCAAGGAGUUGGCAAAGAAGGCAACUGCUGCAGCUGCCGCCGGCAAACCGGGCACACCGAUCCCGACCCCAACAUCUGCAGCCGGACGGGAGAGCUCGCAGUGGCUCGCAUGGCUGUCGCAGGAGGAACUCCUCGCGGCUUUGCUGAAGGAGCACUGGUUCAAGUUCGCUGUAGGUCUUGGCCUUGCCAUUAUCGUUCGACUGCUGCAGCGAGUGAUGUCCAAGGAGAGCUUGACGUACCACCUGAUCGUCAACGUUACCAUGACUCUGCGCUUUGUUGGGCUCGCUCUGGUGUUGUUGCGUGAUGCAAUGCUCUCUCCCAAUCCGGAAGACGUGGCCAGGGAGGCCGUCAAUGUGCUGGCAGUUCAGGUGCAGAACAUGUUCGCUUCGCGGUUCUUAUCCACUUUCGAGACACAGGUGGUGGGUUGGCAGAAGACGCUGGCCAACAUCAGCGAGACGACCAACCUCUUGGGUGAGGUACUGCGAACGUGGGAUUUCUUGGAGAACUUGUUCAUCCAUUCCGAAGAAGUGAAGAAGGAGUUGCCGGACGAGUCAGAGCGUUUCCUGGAAAUAGACGACGAUGUGAAGCAGCUGCUCCGUCGAGGUUUUGAGGCCCGGUUUGCUAAAGUCUUUUGUGCCGACCCAAGCAUCUACCAGGUCUUGGAGAAGACCCAAACUCAGCUCUCCAUGUGCGAGAAGGCGCUCAACGAAUUCAUGGAUGGCAAGCGCUGGGACCCUCGGGAGUUUGAGCUCGCAAGUCAAGCAUUCCCGCGAUUCUACUUCAUGUCUUCGGCGAACCUGCUGGAUGUUCUGAGCAACGGGAACAACCCUGCACGGGUCGUGCCUCAGUUCCCAAAGUUCUUCAACGCCAUCGAGAAGUAUGACUUGGAGUACCCGGACGGUCCCGGCACCCGACCGGUCGCGACCGGCAUGCAUGCCUGCAUCGGCAAGGAGUUCGUCCCCUUUCCAGAACCGCUGCCCCUCAACGGGAAGGUCGAAGUAUACUUGGAGCGCUGCAUCGAGGCCUUCCGGGGAGCUCUCAAGCACUUUGCCAUCAGAGACCUGCGCAGCUAUGCAGAGUAUGAGUGCGAGGCAGACGGCGUUGCCCGUGGUAAGUGGUUGCUGGAAGUGAAGGCGGCACAAGGUGCGCUGCUGGUACAGCUUAUCACAUGGGUUCAGCUGGUCGAAGGCGCAUUUCAGGUUCCACCGGACCCCGACGAUGACGAUGAGGUUGCCGAGGAAGUUGAGACGAAGGCCAAGCUGCGCGGCAAGAGAAUCCGAUCAGUCAUGUGUGCCAUCACGUUAGAUGCCCACAAUCGGGACGUUCAGGAGCGGUUGGUCAAGGAUAAAGUCACUUCGGCCGACCCGCCUGGCGAGGGGACGGCACAGAUGCAGAUCUGCGAUGCUCGCAUCUGGUAUGCUUACGAGUACCUGGGAAACGGGCCACGCCUGGUGGUGACACCCCUGACAGACCGCAUCUAUGUCACCGCCACACAGGCUUUGCACCUCAACAUGGGCUGUGCACCUGCAGGGCCAGCAGGUACAGGCAAGACCGAGAGCACCAAGGAUACUCAGCAGAUGCAGGGUUCAGUGCAGCGCUGUGCCGUGUUGCCGUGUAUCUUGAGCGCAAUGAACAGCUGUAGUUGUAAAGGCGAUGUGGGCCGACAAAACAAGGGACCGGGAUAUGCGGAGGAUCUGGCAAACGCUUUGGCACGUGCCUGCUAUGUGGGGAUCUCAGAUUGCAAGUUCGCCGUCGAAAGCCGCUUGAUAUUCACUCCGGCUGACUUUGGUCUGCUGGCAUACGUGCGAAUUUCCGCAUGGGUGCUGCUUUUGCUGACAUCCUUCCACCCCAAGGUUGGAUCGUCCACUGACUUCUAUGAGACCGACUCCACAGCGAGCUGUGUAGACCUGCUUCAAGUUGGCCUGCAGAUGCGCGGGCAUCUGGCAGCAUCCAGGAGUGGAGAAUCUUUUGUUCAAGAGUUGGAAAACCAGGAUGCAUCCUACACCGGUACGAUCUCCAUUGGCGGCCAAGAGCUGCAGGCCAUCCUGGACACAGGCUCCUUCGAGCUCGUCGUCUUUUCCACACGCUGCAACGGCUGCGGAGCUGCCGGGGAGAGUGGCUUCAAUCAGACGUCAAGCCAGACCUUCCGAGCCGGCAACCUCAUGCAGCAGCUGAGCUACGGCAGCGGGGACACGCUAUGCAGGGACGCAGUUGACAAGCUGCAGAUAGGACCGCUCUCCGUGGAGAAACAGCCCAUGUGGCUUGUGAUGGAAGCGAACAUGGGCAUCCUUGGGUCUGCCGAAUUCCAGGCGAUCCUAGGAUUGGGGCCACCGACGGCCGUGAAGGAGCAAGCAAAGAUGGACCGAGAGCAGCUGGAGAAGCUGGAAGAGAAGCUGCAGGGCUGGGGCGCCGUCCUGCCGGCCCGCCUGCAGAACCGAAUCGAGGCCAAGAUGGCAGCCGAUACCGUCCUGGAGAACCUGGACGACAGCGUGCCUGCGAAUCUCCAGAUGCGGUACAUGUCAGUCUGCAUAGGAGCCGCCGAAGGCUCGAAGGGAUAUAUGAUCUGGAACGAUCUGCCACCAGCAUCGCGACCGGAGCCCUUUCGGAGGCUCUCCGUGGUGGGCUCUGUGACCUGGGGCCUCAGCCUGAAGAAUGUCCGGCUGGUGCAGAAAGACGGCUCGUCCCACACAGUUGGUUGUCGGGAGGGCUGUGGAGCCAUCCUGGACACCGGCACAUCCCUCAUCUCGGGUCCAACUGCAGCUCUCACAGCAAUGGGUGGGCUCUUAGAAGCCAUUGGGGCAGACUGUGCUAAAGAGGAGACCCUGCCCGAUCUGGAGUUUGAUCUGGGAGGGCAGACCAUCGUCCUGUCACCUGAUGCCUACAUUGGUCUUGUGACAGGUAUCAUGCCAGCACCCUGGCGUCUCCUUUUCAAGCAAAAGCCCUUCAUCAAGGUUCAUCAAUGCGAGCUGCUGAUGAUGGACACAGGACAAUCCAGAUCCGACGCGGGAGAGCUGUGGAUCAUAGGCUUGCCAUUUUUCCGCAAGUACUACACGACUUUCGACUUCGGGGAGCAGUCCAACGACAAGGUGUCGGAUAUCUGGAUUCGGGAGUCGGAUUCAGACUGCAAGCCUGCAGCGGCCAACUCUUCGAAACUCAAAGUCUCAGCAAAGAACCACUCAAAGUUAAGCGAGUUCAAUGUCUCGCUGCGGCAAGUCGAUCAAAGCAAGUUGAGGCUUCCUCCGUGGAUGGCAAAUCGAAGUGAUGUGGUCCUGAAGCUGUAA